CCGAGGGAAGGGGCCGCUCUGUCCCGGCCGUGGGCAGCCCCCGGCGGAAGAGGAAGUGGAGCCUCCCCGGGAGCCGGGACCGAGGCUGAGUGCUGGGCGGCCCGGAUCCGAGCGGGUGGCGGCGGCCGAGGACGAUGAGGGCCGCCGUGCUGCUGUGGGCCGCGCUGUGCGGAGCGCUGCUCCCGCCGGUAAAUGCAGAUGAGGGAAUCCUGCACGCUUCUGGAAAUGGUGUAACUCCCUUAACAAAGGAUUACUGCAUAGCUUACAAUUCUAACUGGAUAUCUCUCCCAGGCAGCCUGGACAAUGCUACGUUCAGGUCUCUGGAGAACCUGACUUCUACAGUACUCUGCGAUUCUUCUGAAGUUCCCACUGUUGUAAUGAAGGACAAAGCCGUUGUCGUGAUGAGAGGGAACUGCACUUUCUUGGAGAAAGCAAGAAUUGCUCAAAGUUUGGGUGCUAAAAUGCUGUUGAUUGCCAGUAAAGCUAGGCUGUCUCCUCCUUCAGAUAACAAGACUGAUUUUGAAAAUUUAUCUCUACCAGUUGCUCUUAUAAGAUAUGACGACAUAGUGGAUAUGCAGCUGACCCUUGGAAACGAAAUUAACGUGACUCUCUAUUCACCACCUUUGCCAGAGUUUGAUUGCAGUAUGGUUGUCAUCUUUGUAAUUGCUGUGUUCACUGUAGCACUCGGGGCCUAUUGGAGUGGAGUAGCAGAACUUGAGAAUUUGAAAGCAACAGCAAGUCCUGGGGACAGAGAAACAAGACGGAAGAAGGAGGAAAAUGUUACUUUCACCACUCUAACAGUUGUCUUGUUUGUUGUCAUCUGUUGUGUCAUGCUGAUUUUACUUUAUUUCUUCUACAAGUGGCUAGUGUAUGUUAUAAUACUGGUCUUCUGCUUGGCAUCUGCAAUGAGCCUGUACAAUUGUCUUGCUGCAUUAAUAGGAGAAAUCCCUUUUGGACAGUGCAGGAUUGUGUGUGGCAACAGAAAUAUUGAAGUGAGGCUUAUUUUCCUUGCUGCGUUCUGCAUAGCAGCAGCUGCUGUUUGGGCUGUGUUCCGAAAUGAAGAUAGGUGGGCUUGGAUGCUGCAAGACAUUUUGGGAAUUGCUUUCUGCCUAAACUUCAUUAAAACACUGAAAAUGCCCAACUUUAAGUCCUGUGUGAUACUCCUAGGCCUUCUUCUCCUCUAUGAUGUGUUUUUUGUCUUCAUUACUCCAUUUAUCACAAAGAAUGGGGCAAGUAUAAUGGUUGAAGUUGCAGCAGGUCCUUUUGGAAACAGUGAAAAGAAUGAUGGAAACUUGGUGGAAGUCCCUACUGAACGCUCAGCUCCCCAUGAGAAAUUACCUGUGGUUAUUAGAGUGCCUAGACUUGAAUACUCAGCAGCGACACUGUGUGACAUGCCCUUUUCAUUGCUGGGCUUUGGAGACAUUAUUGUCCCAGGCCUUCUGGUUGCCUAUUGUCGAAGAUUUGACGUUCAAACAAGUUCUUCUUCUGUAUACUAUGUAUCCUGUACAAUAGCUUACGCCAUUGGUAUGGUGCUGACUUUUGUUGUUCUGGCAUUAAUGAAGAUGGGACAACCUGCCCUUCUCUACCUUGUACCAUGUACACUCAUUACCAGCUCUCUUGUUGCUUGGAGACGCAAAGAGAUGAAGAAGUUUUGGAAAGGAAGCAGUUAUCAGGUGUCGGACUCCCCCAGGACGCCUUUGCUACAAGAUGAUGGAACAUCUGGAUUACCCAGGAAAUGAAGAAGGCACAGCACCAGCCAGUGAGCAGCCUGGAGGACAAUAACAUGUAGGAUUCUGGUUUAAAAUAGUAUUGAGAUUUUUUUACAGAUGAGUUGCAGUAAAUUUGGUGAAAUUUUUGGAGUAUUUCAUACUCUGUGUAGAAGGGUUUUUACUCAUGCACCUAUAUUUUUAUGAAAAAUAUUGUUAAUAACAUAAGAGUAAUCAAAAUAGGUCUGCAUUUUUACAGCCAAAACAUAUCUAAUAAAAUCGUGCCUUAUUUUGAUUUAAAUAAAUGGAUAUUUUCUAUGCAACUUUCCAAAUGUUCUUCUAUACAGUGUAUUUUUAUAACAUCUUCUUGCCCAUAUCACUUUGCAUGAGGUGUUUUGUUAAUUUUGAGUAAGGCUGGUCAAAUUCAAUUUAAAAAAUAAAGAAUAAUAGCAGAAUUCUUCACAGGAUUUCUUUGCAGAUUCCGAAUGUGAAGACAGACAGAGUAAUGUAACCACAGUAACUGCAGAAUGAAACUGUAGUUCCGUUACUGCGAGUAAUUGAAGAAACUGUGUGUGUCAAUCUCUGUAGAUCGUAAGCCAUAAAGCAGAUAACAGGGCAGAUUUUAAUUUGUAGUUGUGAGCUUUCUUUUUUUGUAUUAUUUUUCUUGGUGGGGUUUUUUGUUUGCUUUUUCUCUGUAGCUUCACAGGUUUAUGCCUUGAUCAUGAAAAUUGUUAAGCUUUGAUGCACGUCUUUGGAUUAUAUGCAUUGUCAACCAUCAAAAACACUAAAAGUGUGUGUGGGAGGUACUUACAGGGUGGCACUGGAAACUUAGAUGCAGCUCCUGGAAUAGCUGGCAAACAAGAUGGUGUUAAAGGCCAGAAGUUUUUGUUCAACAAGUGUGAUGUAAAUCUUUGAGAAGGGAAAAAACCAAGAAUUUUAUGUCUGGGCUGGUUCUUCGCUCACCUGUCGGGACUUGGUCUAUAUAUGUGGUCUUCGUUUGGCUUUGCAUCAGUUCAAAGAGGUGGGGGAUGAGAGGGCAGAUCUUUCCAGCUUUUGUAUCUGUGCUGUAGCUUUUUUUUUUCCUUUUCUACAUGAAAGAAACAACUGUUUCUGAAAAUUCUUUGUGGUUGGUAGGCAAACAACAGGUUUGAAUAGUAUUAGCACUGCUUGUGUUAGUUAAGGCCACUCAGUGCCUUUGUUUAACUUGAUUAAUCCUAACUUGUUGUAGCUUUUUAAUACUCUGAAGUUAAAUACUCUUAAAGACUUGGAAAAGGAAAAUUAGUUUGAAUCACUGAUUUGCUUUUAGAAGAGUUUGAGUUUGUGUGCUUGUUUGAUGAUGCUUCUUUUUUUUUUUUUUUUUUAGUUCUUUUGUGGGGGGAACUGCAAAUUGAGGGGGAUUAGGCAUAAGAAAUUGGUAAAACUGUAAUGCUAACAAUUUACACCAAAGACAAUUGGAGAAGUCAACAAGGAGCCACUGAGUUCACUUACUGCUACCAUCAGGUAGUCAUGACAACAUUUUUCCUGUUUUUAAUUGAAUGUAAUUCCUAUAGUCAGUACAAGUCCAAGAACCGUACAGAAAACAACCAAAUAAGCACAUGCUGGGCAAUGGCAGUGCAGCCCUUCCUGCGGUGCCUCACGUAAGUGCCUCAGUGUUGGUCUGAAGGUCACCUCUAGACACGAAUAGUUAGGGGCAUGUUGGCUCAGGAGAACUCACACUGGUUAAAUCUAGUUGAGCUAGAUUUGCUUUGGAAGUAUGCUUAUUAAGACAACUGUAAAACUAUAUUGUCAGUUAAAAAAGGCUUACUGCAAAUGUACUUACUGCAAAUACACUUAGCUUGGGCUAAGUAUAAAGUUUAAAAUGUUUUGUUCUCGAGAGUCCUGAUGUAAACAAACUUACAGUCUCAAUGUCAGUUGUUGCUGUUCACACAAGUUGACCAUGGUGCCAGUUGAUACGGGUAAGAUAACCACCUUGUUUGUUGCUUUGCAGUUUCGCUAAGAAAACAGGAAGGGUUUUCAGGUUACAAGGUGCCUGUCAUACCUUUCUUGAUCGAAGCCUGAGCUGACAGCCUCACAAUAAAACGAUCUCAUGCACUAUCUUUAAUUUUUAUUUAAGUCAGGCAGCUGGGCUUGCUGACACUUAAUCAAUUACGGCAUUCCUUGGAGUUCUGACAGCAGGCAGAAAACUGUGCUGGUCUGUUGUCAUGAUCCUUGACAAGCCCAGUGUCUGCCAAAGCCAAGUGGUUGUGUAGAAGUGUUUGGAAAUUCCUGGAAGACGUGGCAUUGUAACUCACUGCAACUCAGAGCACUCAAAGCUAUCAGAGCCUUUGUAAACCUUCAUGAAACGACUUCUUUUUCUGUGAAAUCUUCUGUGUAGAGGAUUUAUGUAUUUUUUGCCUGUAACUGAUAAUGGUACUGAUAACAGACUAGUAUAAAUGAAGAUGAUUGUUGUCAACAGAAGUGUGCAUUCAGCAGCUGGCUGUGAAAACUCUGUCGUGUUCUGUGCCUAAUUAUACUCCAUGCCUGAUAAUGCCCGAGGUUUCACACACGUGCUGUAGUUUGAUGGGAUGUAAACUAACCUUUUCCUUUUAAAUGCUUAGGAGCUUAGUUUACAAAAAUGAUGGAAUUUUAAAUUUUAUAUAAAUAACUGGUUAGUUCUGACUACUGAAAUUAGGUUUUUAUAAGCUUAAUAGAAUUCAUUGCAAGACUUCUAGUGGUUUUGAGUGUUUCUAAUGUUAAAUUUGGUUGGGCUAAACACUAUGUUAAAGUCAUUUUUAAUAAUAUAAAAACCUUGCUACUUUACUUUGUAUGUUUACUGACGACAACCCCCUUUCUCGUGACUCUUAAGUUAUCACUUUAAGAUUGUUAUUAAUAAAUGUUACGUGUGUUUAAAAAACAA